UCAAACUAACAAAACCUUAAACCAAAGUCUGCGCAAUUACAUUUCUAAACUAAAAAAGAACUAAACCCAAAACACAGCAAUUAGAAAAAAAUGGCACGCGGACACCAGAAGAUCCAGUCACAGGCCAAGGCGGCCGACAAGCAGGCCAAGAUGAAGAAGCAACAGGGCCACAGCGCCACCGACCAAAAGAAGGCGGCCCAAAAGGCGCUCGUCCAUGUGUGCGCCGUCUGCAAGUCGCAAAUGCCCGAUCCCAAGACGUACAAGCAACACUUUGAGAACAAGCAUCCCAAGAACGACAUGCCCGAGGAGCUGAAGGAUGUCUGAGACGACGCGAAACGACACCUAUGUAUAUCAACGGAAACUGAAUCGACGAGUUGCCUACCAGUACGAAAUCUUAGCAACAAUAACUUUACAUCAACCAGAACCACAAUCAGCCCAACCAAUGGAGACCUUCUUGGGAGACGACUUAUUGCCAAUGCAAGAAACGCAGCUGAAUUUUUUGUAUACAUACUGCUAAAAUUUUGAUUUUGGUUUAGAUUUUUGAAUUGGAAUUGGAAUUGAAAUUGGAAUUGCCACGAGUAUGUGUAUACAAUUGUUUAAAGAAUGGCUUACAAAAUUAUACAAUACAAUACAAGACAAAACCAACACAUAGCAUAA